AUGGUAACCAUAUGUGUCUUGGCAACCAAUAGUACUGCAUUUGUUGGCUUCUAUUUUGUUGAUCCAAGUAAUUGGUUGGCUGCUGGUUUUUUUAAAGAUGGCAUUACUGGUAUGAUGAAAGGUGCAUCGAAUUAUCUGUGUGCAUACAUUGGUAUCGAAACAUUUACCUUUUUGUUGGAAGAAACGAAAAAUCCACGAAAACGACUUCCAUUUAUCAUGCCAUUUAUAAUUAUUGCCUUAACAUUAGUUAUGUUUUUGACAACAAUAAUUAUCACGUUAACUGCCGAUAUCUCAAAAUAUCCCGAUGAUAUGCUUUUCCCAGAUAUUUUUGACAAACUCAGGAUACCUUCUGCGAAAUAUGUGAUGGCAAUAGGCUCAGUGUGUGGCCUAUCUGGAACAAUGCUUGCAAUAUUUGUACCGGCAACAAGGAUAUUGACAUCGCUUUGUAGUGAUAGUCUACUUCCUCUAAGCCUAUUGGCUCAUACCAGUAAGAAGAGAGGAGUGCCAUAUUAUGCAGUACUGUUAUGCGCCCUGGUUUCCUCCACAUUGGUCAUCCUCAAUAACUCCAAGUUAUUCGGAAUUAUCGCCUUCACUACUCCUUUAAGGCUGAUACUGCUCGGCUGUUUGGUAUACGACCAGCACUAUAAUCCAAAUGUAGUUGGAUUAUUUCGAGAAACAGCAUUCUACCGCGACGUUCAUUACAACCGACAAAAAAGGCAAUCCUCAAAUAUUUGCACAGAUGAUAGAGAUUCCCGCUCGGGUACUGUUUCCAGCUACAGAUGGAGUACAGAUGACGAAAGUAUCGAAAUGAUGAGUAGCUACGAAAUCAUGCGAAAUAUAGUUGCUCAACAAGAAGCACAUUGUGAACGGUGGCUGGAGAAACCACCAUCAACAAAUGAAAAUUUGAGAAUGUUGUUAAAUGAAGAAGAAGAAAUGGAUAGAAAGUCAAAUGAGAGAAUCCUGACGAAAAGAUCGUUCAUUGGUUCGCGAUACAAUACAUUUAAAAAUGUGCGUAUGUCACAGUCGCUAGUAGAGAAUCUGAAGGGAACGACAAUAAGAUUUUACAAGGAUAGAAAACGAUUGUCGCUGUCAGCACUUGAUACUUCCGACUUUGGUCAUAAUUGUAUUAGAUCGCCAUGUUCUUUUCGAAUUACUACAACUGAUAUGAAAAAGCAGAACUUUCACAUUUUUGAACAUGAUUUUCUGGAGAUGCACUAUUGGAAUAAGUAUUGUGGAUCGGUACGCAGUUCGAAAGAUUUCAACAACACAGACUAUAAGCGCUCAAUGAGAACUUUGUUAUUAUUCAUAUUAACUUCUAUAACUAUUGGAUUCCUGGCUCUGAAGACCGAAAGCGGCUUAACGAAGUUAUAUUCAACCCUACCAACGCUAUUGGCAUGCAUCGUUCUGGGAUAUCUCGUAAUAAGUAUUACCCGACAAACAAUUAAUCCGGUAAACAGUGAACGAAGUUGCAAAACGCGUGCAUUCCCGUACCUCACACUUUUUAUAAUUUUUCUGUCCAUACUGAUAGCUUGUACCACUAAUUAUGUUACGAUCGUCGGAUUUAUCGCUUGGAUUGUUACUGGAAUGAUAGUCUAUGUAUUGUACGGAUACCGACAUAGCAAAGAAGGUCUUACACCGUUCAGUGAUCUGAUCAUUACGAAUAGCAUGAUGAAGGACAGCUCCUUAACCGGAAUCAUGAAUAACAAAAGUAAUCACCAAUCUGUUGGAAUCAUGGUAUAA